AUGUAUGAUGCAUCACAAAUAUUAUCUAAUAUUGCGACCCUACCUCAAAUAGAUAGCAUCUUUAUUUUCAACUGGGAAAAAGUCGAUAAUGAACAUUUAGUUCUAGAACAUUCCAAAUUGAUUGGUAUCUAUGAUGAACUCGAUUUAUUGUGUUUAUCAAUUCAAGAACAAAUUGAUUUUUUCGAUCAACAUAUACAAACAUUCAGCUUCUUCGAUCAAGAUGAAUAUAUAACAAAAGAUCUAUCUAAACAAACUGCUGAUCUUCUUUGGUUUCAACUUUAUCAUGAUGUUCUCUCUGAGUUAACAAAUGAUCAGCAAGCUAAACAAGAAAUGAUUGAUGCCUGUCGUUUCUAUUAUAGAGACAAUAUCAAAGAAUUAAAAAUGAUUGGAGAAUUUGAAAAUGAAUAUCGACCAGAAGAAGCUUUUCAGUGGUAUUCGAAAAAAACAUUUGUCUACAAAAUCAUCAAAAAAGCAUUGAGAAAUAAAGAUUUCAAUCAACUCCAUACAUUUCGGUAUUUUAUGAAAGAUUUAACAGAAAAUUUCGUUCAACAACAUCAAAAGAUGAUUCAAUCUUGUAAAGAAACACUAAUGAUGUAUCGAGGACUUAAAUUAACAAGUGAUCAAAUCGAGAAAUUUAAAGAGAACGAAGGUAAACUGAUUUCAAUGAAUGGAUUUUUCACAACAAGUAGUCUUCGCUCAAUUGCAUUGAACCAAGCAAUGAAACCUUCGAAACGAAUUGAUCUAAUUCCUGUUCUCCUAGAAAUUCAAUACAAUCUACAAGAGUUGAGCGACAAUAUUGUUGUUGCUGACAGUGCUCAUUUUAAUGAAUCUCUACGUGAAGAAGAGAAAGAAAUAUUCUUCGAUUCAAAUACCACUUUUCGAUUGGACAAUAUACGAAUGGAAGAUGAAAUGUAUUUGAUUAAAAUGAGUACAUCGAAUGAAGGUCAUAUUAUCAAAGAAAAAUAUAUCAAAGACUCACAUCGUCAAAGGAAAGAUCUAAGCAUUAGAAUUCUCUUCGGACGAUUGAUGUGUGAUAUAGGUCAAUGGAAUCAAUCACAAAACUUCUUCGAACAUUUAUUAAAUGACUCGAGUAACAACAAUGAACAUCUGGCACAGAUUGAAUAUAGUCUUGGUGAGGUUCUGCAAUGGAAAGGAGAAUGGAAUGAAGCACGAAAAUAUUAUGAUCGAGCUUAUGGGCGAGUGAAGAAUAUGAAACCAACACAAACCAAGGAUUUAGCUGACAUACUCUUCAAUAUUGGUGAAAUCCUCUAUUUAGAAGGAAAGUAUGAAGAAGCUCGUGAUUAUUAUGAACGUUCAUUAGCAAUUCGAAAGGAAUAUUAUUCCCUUGUCAAGAUUGAUCAGUUAUGCUCACCGAAUUACCUACACAACAGUUUGCUAAGUCGUGUAUGCAGAUCAUUUUGGUUUGUUUUAUUGAAUUCAGGCAGAAUCUUGCAAUCGUAUUGCAUCUGGUUUUGGACUAGAUAUCUCCUAAAAAUAUCUUGUUGGUUUCGUUUGAAAUAUGCAGAAAACACAAUGGACAUUGUUGACAAACAGUCGAACAAAAGUCAAUUACAAGAAAUGUGUCGAAAGUUACUAGAAACCGGUCGGUUACAAUUGAGUGAAACUCGAUUGGAUGGUCAUGUGUCUAUCGCUGCUAAUCUCCGCAGCUUCGGCAAAAUACUCUUCCGACAAGCCAAGUAUGAUGAAGCACUUAUCUUUCAUCGGCAAGCACUGGUGAUGCUCGAAGAAUAUUACCAAUCUCCUCAUAUCGACAUCGCUGUUAGUCUUGGCUACAUAGGUCAAGUUCUUACAUAUCAAACAAAAUAUGAUGAAGCCCUCGAUUUUUGUCAACGAGCUAUGGUAAUAUAUACAAGAUAUUAUCCAAAUGGUCAUGUAUACAUCGCCUCUACUCUCAACUACAUUGGUUACAUUGUCUAUCUUGAAGGCAAACAUGAUGAAGCUCUGAAGAUUUAUGAACGAGCAUUGACUAUACAACAAAAGCAUUAUCCAUCUGGUCAUGUUGAUAUAGCUCGUAGUCUUUGUGGAAUAGGAAAUGCUUAUUAUGCACAAGGAAAAUAUGAUGAAGCUCUAAUAUUUCAACAAGAAAUGCUGGAUAUUGCACAGAAAUAUUAUUUUCCUGGUCACGACGAUAUUAUUUGUGGUUUAAACAACAUUGGCUAUAUACAAAAGGAACAAGGACAGUAUGCUGCAUCUCUUUAUUUUUAUCAACAAGCACUAGCACUACAAGAACAAUAUUAUCCAUCUUAUUAUGCUAACAUUGCUAACACUCUCAAUAACAUUAGCAAUACACUAUUUUGUCAGUCAAAAUAUGAUGAAGCUCUAAAUUAUUGUCAACGAGCACUAACGAUGCAAGAGACCUAUUAUUAUCCAUCGGGCAAUAUUUCAAUGGCCUCAAGUCUCAACAACAUUGGCAACAUCUUAGAUUGUCAAGGAAACUGCAAAGAAGCUGCCGGUUUUCUUCAACGAGCAUUAGCAACUGUUGAAAAACAUAAUCCAUCUGAUCAUUCUUCUAUUACUUUUUAUUUGAAUAACAUUGGAAUUGUAGUAUGCAAGCAAGAAAACUAUGAUGAAGCUCUUGAUUAUCAUCGGCGAGCACUCGAAAUUCAAGAAAGAUACUGUCCAUCUUGUCAGCAUGAGAUAGCCAAUACUCUCAAUUAUAUAGGUAAUGCUCUCAUUGGACAGAAAAAAUACGAUGAAACUUUGACGUUUUAUGAACGUGCACUCGAAAUGCAAGAGAAGUACUAUCCAAAUGGUCAUGUGCACAUUGCGACAACUCUCAUUAAUAUUGGCACAACAUUUCGUCGACAACAAAUAUUCGAUAAAGCCAUUGAAUAUCAUCAAAAAGCAUUAGAAAUUCAACAGAAAUAUUAUCCAUCAGACAGUAUCUUCAUAGCUGAUACUAUUAAUCGUAUUGGUCAUGUUCUGUACGAUGAUAAAAAGUAUGAUGAAGCAAUUGACUAUUAUCGACGGGCACUUUCAAUGCAAGGGAGUUCCCAUCCUGAUGGUAAUAUCGAAAUUUCUCAUACUUUCAGCUUUAUUGGUAAUACUCUAUAUGAACAGAAGAAGUACGAUGAAGCACUUCAACUUCAUCAAAAAGCCUUAGCUAUUCAAGAAAAACAUUAUAAAUUCGCUCAUAUCGACAUCGCUAAGAGUCUCAACUUUAUUGGUAAUAUCCUAUAUAGUCAAGAAAAAUAUGAUGAAGCUAUUGAUUUCUAUCAACGAUCAUUAGAUAUUCGAGAAAAACUUCAUGCAUUUGGUUAUGUUGGAAUUGCUACCGUUCUUAGCAAUAUUGGAAAUGCUUUUCAUGGACAACGAAAGUACGAUGAAGCUCUUGAUUUUUAUCAACGGGCACUAAAAGUUCGAGAGAAUUUUGAUGCAACCAAUCAUGUUGGCAUUACUGAUAACUUGAUAAACAUUGCCUUUGUUCUAAGAGAUUAUGGCAAGUACAAUGAAGCUAUCGAAUUUCAACAACAAGCAUUGAUAAUACGAGAAUACAAUUAUCCUUCUGAUCAUUUGAAUAUUGCUUAUAGUUUAAGCAAUAUCGCUUAUAUUAUGUCUCUACAAAGAAAAUAUGAUGACGCUCUCUAUUUCUACCAACGAGCGUUAAGAAUCUACGAAAAAUGUUAUCCAUCGAAUUCUAUUGAGAUUGCUAAUAGUCUCAUUGAUAUUGCUGAUGUUCUCAAAAAACAACGAAAGUACGUAGAAGCCAUUCAAUUUCAACAGAGAGCAUUGAACAUUCGAGAAGAAAAAUAUUCCUCAUGUCAUGAGAAAAUUGCAGAUAGUUUGAAUCGCAUUGCUGACAUUCGAAUCGAUCAAGGAGAAUACAAUUUAGCACUCGACUCUUAUCAACGAGCUUUAGCAAUUCUCGAAAACUGCUAUCCAUCUGGACAUGUUGAUAUUGCUGAGAAUCUACGAUAUAUUGGUAUCACUUUAAAUCGACAAAAAAAAUAUGAUGAAGCUGUAGAUUUCUGUCAACGAGCAAUGUCAAUUUACGAGCAAUAUUAUCCAUCCGAUCAUGAAAACCUUGCAACUUGUCUAGGUACUAUUGGUUAUAUAAUGAAUAAUCAAGGAAAAUAUGAUGAAGCUCUUGAUUUUUAUUAUCGAGCACUGGCAUUUUACAAGAAAGUUUCUUCCAAUCAGUCAAAUACUGCUACUUGUCUGAAUAAUAUAGCUCAAACUUUAAAAAAUCAAAGAAGAUAUAGUGAAGCUGUCGAUUUUCAAAAACAAGCAUUAGAAAUUCUCAAAAGUAAUUCAUCUAAUGAUCAAUUUGUAAUAGCUAACAGUCUCAAAAAUAUCGGUAAUACUCUAUUUAAGCAAACAAAAUAUGAUGAAUCUCUCGACUUUUGUCGACAAGCAUUGAUCAUAUUCGAAGAAUAUUAUCCGAAUGAUUAUAUUGAAAUUGCUGACUGCCUGUACUGGCUUGCAGCUAACUUCAAUAGAAAGUUUCAGUUCGAUCUCGCUAUUGAAUAUUUGGAAAGAUGUUUAUCAAUUGAAGAAGCCAGCUUAUCUUCAGAAGAUCUCUCCAUUGCUAAUAUACUUGACUGUUUGUCACAAGUACAAACAAGAAAAGGUGAACAUAAAAUCUCUCUUAAAUAUGAACAGAAUUGUUUCUUAAUGCGUCGCAAAGUUCUACCACCAAAUCAUGAAGACAUUGGUAAUAGUUUAUCAAGCAUAGGUGAAAUUUAUGAAAACCUUGAUAAAUCUACAUUGGCACUUGAUUAUUAUCAACAAGCAUUAGCUAUAUAUAGGAAAUGUUUGCCUUUCUGGCAUGAUAACAUAUGGAAGACCACAUCGAAUAUUGAACGACUUUCGGAAGAACUUGGCAUAGAACUCAAUGAUUGA